AUGUCGAAAAAGAGUGAUGGUCGAAAUCGGUGUGUUUCUCCCGCGAAUAAUCCGCCAGUGGGGGUAAGCUGCGAGAUCUGCAGACAGCCGGAUGAUAGUCGGAUGGUAGCGUGUGAUUUGUGUGGAAAGUGGUUUCACUUCGCGUGUGUGAGUGAGGAUUCAACUGUUCAGGAUCGUGAUUGGAGCUGCGGGAAUUGCACCGAGAUCGGAGCGGCAGCUCAAGUCCCGGCCAGAACAUCAACACCAGCCACCACAGGAGGAACCAAACCAAAGUCUGGAAACACGAAAAAUUAUGAAGUCGAACCGGAUGAUAACCUUCAACGGCAGUUAGCAGAAAUGCAGAAGAAGAUGGAGAAGCAGCAGAAGGAAUAUGAGCGGGCUAUGCGGGAAAUGGAGGAUCAACGUCGGCGGGCGCUCAGAGAUCAACAAAAUAAAUUCGAGCAGGAAUUGGCAGCUUCAGAGCGACGAAUGCGGGAACCGAAGGAGGCUCUUCAGCCCGUAGCCGCUGCACUAGGAGUUCACGUCAGCAGUAUCAAUCAAGCGGAUGUCCUGGUACAGGAACUUCAAUUACUGGAAGAGAAGCAAGCGUUAGAACGAAGACAUUUGGAGGAGAAAAGUCGAUUAUUACAGCGAUUUGGGGCUUUCGACGGAGGUGCAGUCGAAGGAAUUUCCGGACUGAAUCCUCAGGCGAACGCAUUUCAACCAACACAUCGCAGCAAUCCAUUUGGCGUUUCUCUGCUAAACCAAAGUCAGCUUUCAGCGCGUCAGGCCGUUUGUAAGGAACUACCAAUCUUCACCGGAAAUCCUGAGGAGUGGCCGCUCUUCUUCGCCAGCUACGAAAACUCCACUCGGAUCUGUGGAUAUAGCGAUGAAGAAAACCUUCUACGCCUUCAGCGAAGCCUGAAAGGGAAAGCAUUGGAGACUGUGCGUUUCCGACUGCUGCAUCCGUCGAACCUACCAGGUAUUAUCGCUACACUUAAAACGCUGUUUGGGAGGCCGGAGAUAAUCGUGCACUCUUUGAUUGGCAAAAUUCGAGAGAUGCCAGCUCUUAAAGCAGAGAAAAUGAAUACUUUGAUCGACUUUGGAGUCGCUGUGCAAAACGUCUGCGCUACCAUUCGUGCAUCGGGUCUCGAUGAGUACCUCUGCAACGUAGCUUUAUUGCAAGAGUUGACAGAGAGAUUACCCCCAACUAUAAGGCUCAACUGGGCGUAUCACCGUCAGACACUGGACAGAGUUAAUCUCUCGGACCUCGGAGAAUGGCUUGGGAAGCUGGUGGAGGCAGCUAGUGUCAUAACAAUCCCAUCCAUUGGUGGCACGAAAUCGGAGAGACGUGGUCGAAAGGAAGACUACUUAAACGUCCAUUCAGAUGGUGGUAUCAGCGGAGAAAUCGCAACGAACACUCGUUCAGUGGGCAUUCCGAAGGGUUGUCUCGUAUGUCUUGAGGAGUGCAGCGGGCUGGAGACAUGCCAUAAGUUUUUAAACAUGGAUAUCGGUGGUCGUUGGACCGUGAUCAAGGAGCAGAAGCUGUGCAGAAAAUGUCUGCGGAAACACUUCGGCGCCUGCCUAGUUAAAGCACCAUGUGGCAAGAAUGGGUGUUUAUUCAUGCACAGCAAAUUGUUGCAUGAUGACAAACGGUACAACAAAUCUGCUAUCAAGCCAACUACUUCGACACAUGGAAUCCCGUCAGCGCAGAGUUGCAACACUCACUCGAACGCGGCUAGCAAAGUUCUCUUUCGGUACGUACCUGUGACAGUUUUCGGUAAUGGAAAGGCAGUGAAAACAUUUGCCUUUCUCGAUGAUGGGUCUUCGGCAACCUUCAUGGAGCACAGUCUGGCAAAAGAACUGGAUCUAGAAGGAACAUCACAUCCAUUAUGUCUUAAUUGGACGGGAGGUCAGCAAAGGGAAGAAAACGAUUCGGUCAAGCUGUCACUGAAAAUUUCUGGUACGAGCGAUGCGAGUAAAGUUUACGUACUCCCUAAGGUUCACACGGUACGCAAUCUCUCCCUGCCGAAGCAGUCGGUUUCAGUGAGGCAAUUGAUAGCCAAAUACAGCUACCUGCAUGGACUACCGUUGGAACCAUAUGAUAGCGUGUCUCCUAAGAUCUUGAUUGGGAUGGACAAUUGCCACCUUGGUUACGCUCUGAGAAGUACCGAGGGCAACGAGAACGAACCUGUUGCGUCAAAAACCCGUCUCGGUUGGCUCGUGUACGGGCCGUGUUCGAUGAUACCUGGAGCUGCAAAUUCAGAAUAUAACGGCUAUCACAGUUUCCACAUCUGUCCAUGCAGUACGGAGUCAGAUAAGGACUUAGACGGAGCGUUGAAGGAGUUUUUCUCGAUUGAGUCAAUGGGAGUAUCUGGAUCGUCCAAACAUCCAGUUUCGAAAGACGAAGAGCGGGCUUGGAAAAUUCUAUCUGCCGAAACACGCCUGAAGGGAGACCGUUACGAGACUGGGUUGUUGUGGCGAUACGACCAAGUGAAAUUGCCCGACAGCCGAGCGAUGGCGACAAAGCGUCUAGCGUGCUUAGAGAAAAGAAUGAAUAAGGAUCCUGAGCUAGCAGCAGUAAUGCGUGUAAAAAUUACGGAGUACGAGAAAAAGGGCUAUAUCCGAAAGCUCUCAGUGAUUGAGAAGACGGAAAGGCAACCGAAGGACUGGUACCUGCCGAUUUUCCCGGUCAUCAAUCCGAACAAGCCAGGGAAGAUUCGGAUCGUGUUCGAUGCGGCGGCGAAGGUCAACGGAGUAUCCUUAAACUCAUUCCUUCUAACGGGACCGGAUCAACUGGUAUCAUUACUUACGGUGUUGUUUAAGUUUCGUGAAUUUAGGAUUGCUGUAGUUGGAGACAUACGUGAAAUGUUUUUUCAAGUGCUAAUGAGAGAGCAAGAUCAACGCAGUCAAAUGAUCCUGUGGAACGGAGGAAACCCCAACGAAGAUCCGGAGGUUUACGUAGUAGCUGUCAUGACAUUUGGCGCGGCAUGUUCUCCAAGCUGCGCGCACUAUGUGAAGAACCUGAACGCGGAUAGAUUCACUGAGCAGUUCCCUCGUGCGGUCGAGUGUAUCAAGUAUGAGCACUACGUCGACGACAUGCUAUCCAGUGUGGAGACUGAAGCGGAGGCUGUACAGCUUAUCAAGGACGUGCAGUUUGUGCACUCACAAGCGGGCUUCGAGAUCCGAAACUGGCAAUCGAAUUCCAGCAGAGUCACAGCGUCGUUGCAGGAAGGCACCACUACCGAGAAGGACAUGAGCACAUGUUCGGAGACAACGACGUCGAAGGUCCUUGGAAUGUGGUGGGACACACCCAACGAUACGUUUACGUUCAGGUUAUCACCGAAACAUGAUGAGGAGCUAUUGUCUGGGGACAGAAUGCCUACGAAGCGCGAAGUUUUAAGGACAUUGAUGGCGAUAUUUGAUCCGAUGGGUCUCAUCGGCAAUUUCCUCAUGUAUCUCAAAAUCCUUAUGCAGGAAAUUUGGCGUUCUGGGUGUGCCUGGGACGAUGAAAUCACUGGAAAGCUGGCCGAGAAGUGGACAAUCUGGAUUACUGUGCUUCCUGACGUAUGCAGGGUUAGUGUUCCUCGGUGUUACCGACUUAGUACAUCUGCUAGGUCCACGAACGUAGUUCAGCUGCACGUCUUUUGCGAUGCAAGCGAGAACGGAAUCGCGGCCGUUGCCUAUUUCCGAUUCAAAGAGAAUGGAGUGACUGAAUGUGCCAUGGUCGGAUCGAAGACAAGAGUAGCUCCCCUAAGAUUUCUCUCGAUCCCACGAUUGGAGCUACAAGCUGCUGUAGUAGGAGCACGUCUAGCAGACAGUAUUGCAAGCUCACACCGGAUAAAGAUCUCACGUCGUGUUUUUUGGACGGACUCCCGCGACGUGCUAUGUUGGAUACGGUCCGACCACCGGCGCUACAGCCAAUUUGUAGCGUUUAGAGUGAGCGAACUCCUAGAAACGACAGGAGGAGAUGAGUGGAGAUGGGUGCCUACCAGAGCGAACGUAGCCGACGAGGGGACGAAAUGGCAGAGUCUACCAGAUCUGCAACCCUCAAGUCGCUGGUUCUGCGGACCAGAUUUUCUGCGGAAACCAGAAACCGAGUGGCCAGGUGAGGUCAGAGAUCCGGGAACAACUGCAGAAGAGAUUCGUCCAAGCGUUCUUCAUCACACGAUUACGGAACCACUAGUAUCUUUCGAACGAUUCUCCAAAUGGAAACGAUUGUUAAGAGCUGUCGCCUUCGUUCGCCGAUUCAUCAAGAACCUACAGAAUCGAACUCACCGGUUACCCAUCGAGCUAGGGCCACUUGCCCAGGAUGAACUGAAUUGGGCUGAACAAACCAUCUACCGCCAAGUUCAACGACAAGCAUAUCCGGAUGAUGUUCAACUGCUGAGCGACGCGAGCCAGAACAAGCAGCCCUGGGAACGCACUAUUCCAAAGACCAGCCCGUUAUACAAGCUGAGUCCGACCAUCGACCCACAUGGCGUAUUACGGAUGCAGGGACGAAUCGAAUCAUGUGAGUGGGUGGAUGAGUCUGUGAAGCAUCCGAUCCUGCUACCGAGACGACACUAUGUGACUGAUUUGUUGAUUGCUGACUAUCACAACAAGUACCGUCACCAGAAUCAUCAGACAACAAUUAAUGAAUUGAGACUAAAGUAUUGUAUUCCCCGGCUUCGAUCAGAGUACGACCGUGUCCGCAAGAAUUGCCAACACUGCAAGAUCCAUCGAGCAAACCCGCAGCCUCCUGCCAUGGGAAACCUACCACCCGCGCGCCUAGCAGCAUUCCAACGACCGUUCACGUACACCGGAAUAGACUACUUCGGCCCGAUGUUGGUAGUAGUCGGCAGACGAGUCGAAAAACGUUGGGGAGUCUUGCUCACUUGCCUGACGACGAGAGGCGUACACAUUGAGCUCGCACACUCGCUUACGACCGACUCCUGUAUUCUCACUUUGCGAAACUUCAUCGCAAGAAGGGGAUCCCCACUAGAGAUGAUCAGCGAUAGAGGCACUAAUUUCGUUGGAGCUGCACGAGAGCUACGAGAAGCCUUGGAAACGGUUGACGAUAAGAAGCUCAUGACCACAUUUGUCGGACCGAACACCAAAUGGACCUUUAACCCCCCGGCUGCUCCUCAUUUUGGUGGCUGUUGGGAGCGAUUAGUGCAGACAGUCAAGAAGAUUCUAUACGCGUUCAAACCCCCGCGGCUACCGACCGACGAGAUUCUCCGAUCAAUGCUCAUAGAGAUCGAGAUGAUUAUCAAUUCGAGACCGCUCACUCACGUACCGCUAGAUAACAAUACAGAUUUUCCCUUAACGCCUAACCACUUCCUUCUAGGAUGUUCAAACGGAAGUAAGCCCCCGAUCGCCUUCGACGACAAACCCGCUGUGCUGAAACAGUCGUGGAAGAUGUCUCAGCAGUACGCUGACGAAUUCUGGAAGAAAUGGGUAGCCGAAUACCUGCCCACCUUAACCAGGAGGACGAAAUGGUACCAGCCAGUAAAGCCCAUCGAAGUAGGCGAGUUAGCCUUGAUUGUAGACAACAACCUCCCAAGGAACUGUUGGCCGAGGGGCCGCAUCGUGAAGGUCGUUCGUUCCAGCGAUAAUCAGGUGCGACAGGUAACAGUGCAAACGGAGCAUGGACUAUUGGAGAGACCAGCGAUCAAGGUUGCCAUUUUAGACGUCGGUUCCAGUAUUGGUAAGCCAUCUAUGAGAAAGCGGCGUACCGGGGGGGAGUGUCACACCCCUUCAGUGAGUGACGAACCUGCCAAGACUUCACCUUGA